GAAGAAGUUAGUUAUAUAUUUGACAGUUAAAAUAUAAAGUUGCUUUUUUAUAUUUAAUUGAAUUAAAUGAAAAGAAAUGAUAACGGGAACUAAAUGAUUGCGGUUUAUAUAACAUUUCAAUUCAACUAGUUAUGAAAUAUAAAACUGAAAAAUGUUAUUGAAACCAUCUGUUGUAUUAACCUUAAUUCCAAAGUGGAAUAAUUGUUGUAGGAAAAAAACUCAUAUCUCAACUAGUCUUAAUUUAAGUUCACAUCUCAGACUUUAUAAUGCUAAACAAUUUACGUAUAAUGAUCAAAAAAGGUCAAGUACUAGUUCAAAUAAGAGUAACGAAUGUGUUAAAAUAAACAACGAGAAAGUUGCUUCAAAAGAUUUUAAAGCGAUCAUACAAGACAACAAAGACAAAUUCAAAGAUACAGAAAAGAGAUUAAAGGAGAGAGGUAAUAUCCUACUCAAAGACAUUAAAGAAACUAAGAAUAAAGUGAAAGAAAAAGUUGAAGAAAUUAUAGAGAGGGAAAAUGUGUAUACAAUACCUAAUUUUUUAUGUGUAGCAAGAAUAGCCUUAACUCCAUAUUUAGGAUUUUUAAUAGUUCAGUCACAAUUUGAAGGUGCUCUUUGGGUAAUGGGAAUUGCGGCAACAACUGAUUUGUUAGAUGGAUGGAUAGCGAGAACAUGGAAAAGUCAAUCUUCAAAAAUGGGUAGUUUUCUAGAUCCAAUGGCAGAUAAAAUACUAAUAGGUACUCUUUUUCUAUCACUCACUUAUGUAGAUUUGAUACCACUUAUGUUAACUGGACUAAUAAUAGCAAGGGAUGUUAUUUUAUUGGCAUCAGGAUUUGUAAUAAGAUAUCUUUCGUUACCUCCACCGAGAACUAUUAGUAGAUAUUUUGAUGUUACUCACGCUACGGCUCAAUUAGCUCCGACAUUCAUAAGUAAAGUAAAUACAGCCGUACAGUUAUUAUUAGUAGGAUCAACAUUAGCUGCUCCAGUAUUUCAUUAUAUUGGACAUCCAGCUUUAGAAGCAUUAUGGUAUAUUACAGGAACAACAACGAUGGCGGCGGGUGUCAGUUAUAUCUUAUCAAAAAAUACGUUUAAAAUGUUAAGAAAGUCAGGUGUUUCUAAAAGAUAAACGUUAAGUUCAAAAUACGUAUAUGUUGACUUAAGAAAAAAAUAUAUUAUCUUUUAUAUUA